AAAGAUAUACAUACGUCAUACACCAUCACGUCAUUAUACUUAUUAUUUUAUAGUAAUGCAGUUUCAUCGUCUGCUAUAAUGAGUGAAUCGACAAGUAUAUGGGUACUUGCGUACAUUUAACAAAAAUAAUUUUAACUUAAUGAUAUUCCGACGUAAUUAAUUCCAACGUUAGUACUCAAUUGUUCCCAAACCGAAUCGUAGGACACAGCGUUUCAACUGCCUCUACAAUCGAAGAAUUGAGUAACAAUUUAACAGUUGAAAAUUUAGCAACAUGAGUAAAUCUAUAUUUGUUUCUCGCAUCAAUCAGAUAGAUGCUGUACAACUGGAUCAAGAGAUUUAUAAAGUGCUGAGAACUCAAGUUAAUGAAAUAACCAAAUACUUUGCCCCUGGCAAAAUAGUUAAAUGGAGACCAGAGAUAGAUGUACUUGUCAAAUAUUUUAUAUGGAACUUCUCUUUGAAGACAAAUAGUUCUACAUUUGGUCAACGACUACUAAACUUAUCGUACAGAAAUCUGGACAGAAGAAAAGCUAUAGUCCUCUUUGCACUAAUGGCUGUGCCAGAGUACUUGAGAGAUCGCUUGAUUAAUGAAAACUUUAUUCUAUCCAAGUUUGCAAGAUUAUCUAGUUACAAAAGAAGUAAAUACAGAAGUUAUAUCGAGCACAUUGACAAUUUUUGUCAUUUAUUAAAUUUUAUUUGGACUUUCUUUUUUCUACACCUGGGUAAUCAACCUCUCUUUAUUGAAAAGUUGUUAAAUAUUCAUAAUCAAUCUUCGACAAUGAAUAAACCCCGUUCUAUUGGCUAUUCAUAUAUGACAAGAGAAUUAUUAUGGCACGGAUUGAUAGAGUUGUUUACAAUAAGCUUACCCAUGAUAGACUUACGUCUUUUUCAAAAAUUCUGGAAUCGCCUGUGGAUACCAAAAAAAAACGAAAAGAAAAUUGUGAUAUCUUAUCGAUUAAAUAAGACAUCUUUGUGUGGAUAUUGUAAUGAAUCACCUAUUUUACCAAAAUGGGCUGGUUGUUCUCAUGUCUUUUGUUAUUAUUGUUUAGAAGCCCUCUUUAUCAUGGUAGAUCCAUAUCAUUGUCCUGUAUGUAACGAAGAGCUUUUUUCCUCAAAUAUGAAAAGUUGAAUAUUCAAUUAUUUUAUAUAAAUUCAUGACUUUAUUAAAAAUAAUGAUACAAAAAUGUUUUUUUGUUUUUAAUUCUAUCAAACCAUUCAUUAUCAAUAAAGGUAUAAGGUAUAAUAUAAGCAUUCAACAUCAUGUUUAAGUAAAGUUUUCAUGUAGGCAAGCAGGCAUACAAAAACAUACACUCACAUUAUUCAUUUCAUGCAAAUCAUUUCAUUACUUUGAGAGCUUACCAAAAUAUCUAUCGGAUAUGUAAUUAUAUUUUGUUAAAAUAUCAUUUCAAGUCUUGUAAAAUGCUUUACUCAAGAUUUCCAGUUGGUUCACAUAGGUGUAGGCCACAACUAAUCAUUAUUAUAUAACAUGAAAAUUUUUACAAUUAUGGCUUGUAUGUACUAUUAAUAAACUCAGUACUAUUAUUGCAUACUUCAAUAAUGAUAGUCUCUCAUUAAGGCUAAUACUUAAUUAUUUUUAUUCUAUAAAUUUGAUUCUACUCCUGCAUAUAAUUAAUUUCCAGACUCAAGUCUUCAACGAAAAGCACAUCAGAGCAAACAAUUCUCUACUUUUACAAAAAAAAAUUCAUAUUAGUAAUACAUGAUCCAGGACUUGUUAUAACUGUUUUUGAAACUUUAGCAGCUGUUUUUGCAUGAACAAUUAAUUAUCCAAUAGAAAAAAUAGCGCUAGUACGUCCGCAAACAAUCACAUAGACACACUUUUAUGUUACUAACGAGCAAUAAGUUCACGCGUAAUUCGAUCGGAAACAUCUCAAUAAUUAUUUCAAUAAUCUUUAACAACAGUGAUUAACGCUUAAAACUGUACAAGCUUAGUCAACAACUCUCAGCGAUAAAAUCAUUCGUUAGGUAUGCUCGAAAAAUUCUGCUCCAAAAUUUAUUUUGUGGCAUAAACGACAGAAUUUUAACAUCAAAGUUAUUCACAAUGUACUUUGACGUGAGCAUCAUCUAACGUUACAUUCGAAAAAAUUUGAAAAAAAUAUUUUAAAAUUCAAUAAUUUAUAACAACUUGUGUAUAUAUAAUAUAGAAGUAUAAAUAAUGCUGAGCGUGUUAAAGCGCGUACAUGUGUGAAAAAAAGACAAGAGACAGAGAGAGCUCAGUAAAGAAAGAGUUAAAAGAGUAAUACUUUGGUCCUUUAAAAUAUUACUAUUCAAGUUAUACUAGUAACAAGUACUGAUAAAUACAUAUUAAAAAUCAAAGUGAUACCGGCUUUUACAUCAUUUUAAAAAACACUUGUAAUUCGUCGACAAUAAAUUAUAAAUAAUUUAGAUACUUUAACGAUGAUAAAUGCCGUGGUCAAUGAAUUCCAGAAUACAUUUCCAAAAAAAAAGAAAAAAAAAUUGAUCAGCCUUCUAGAAGGGCACAGAGUAGCACGAGAACACAGAAAUUGUGACGCUUUAUGGUUGUUUUACAAGAUUUUAAUAAGUCUGCUGAAUAUUCAUGUUUGGUUUGCCUACACCGCUAAUUAUUCUUAAAUUCUACCCUUAACUCUUUAGGAAUAAGCUCUCUUAUCUUAUUAGUAGUAUAACAACUAGAACGUUCUCUCAUCAUCACAGACAAAUACGCAAAUGCGUAAUUCAAAGUCGACUUUGACGUAUUUAGCACAAUCCCAUGCGCCUUAAUAUGUCACGCAUACUCGCAGCGUCAAUGCAUCUGUGUUCUAUGUCUGUUUGUCCGUCUCUCUCUCUCUCUCUCUCUCUCUCUCUCUCUCUCUCUCUCUCUCUCUCUCUCUCUCUCUCUUCUCUCUCUCUCUCUCUCUCUCUCUCUCGCUCCCUCUCUCCCUCUCCCUCUCACUUCGUUAAACUCUUUUUCGCUCUUUCCCUUCUCUCGGCCUGCCUGUCUGCCUGUCUGCCUGUCUCUCUCUCUCUCUCUCUCUCUCUCUCUCUCUCUCUCUCUCUCUCUCUCUCUCUCUCUCUCUCUCUCUCUCUCUUAGGGAU